GCAUCUCGACACUUAACAUCAGGCUGUUACGAGUAUAAUAGGACCAUCCGUGUAUAAAACGGGCUCAGACCGAAGAGUGUAUCAAUAAGUAAUUAGUUUCUAGACCACGUGAACUUGUAGCUGUACCAACAGUCACUUAGUCACAUCAAUAGUCAAGAUAAAAGAUGUAUAGCUUGCUCAUUCUGACGUGUGGUUUCCUGUGUGUAACUGGAUCUCCCAAUCUUAGGACGGCCAUUUUAAUAGAGAAGAGAACAGAGUUUGGUCAGAAUCUCUUCUUCCGAGGUGGCCUAGAUUACAGUCGAAAAGAAGGAUGUGACAGCGCCACCUCUCUGGAAUCAAACCCUUGCGUUAUCCCAAUUCAACACAACAUUUCUUCUAUCGAUGCAUACAAAGCCGCCAAAGCGUGGUCUGAGGGAGACAAUUAUCUCGACUGGUCCGGCGCAGAGCCUGAACAAGGAGACUGGACAAAUAUUCCGGCCUCUGGAAGUCCAGCUAUCUGGACAACCAAUGAUCCAUCUAAAGAGACAUUCAAUAUCUUAAAUACCUACGGUGACCACUACUGGCUGUUGGACGUAGAAAUGGACUGCGGUAAGACACUCAAUGGUUUCUUUGAAGUGAAGGGAUUCUUGGACGGCCAAUGGGAGAAUGAUAUCAAACAAGCCAGGAAGUGCUCAGGAACUGAAGCCGUUCGACGGCCAUUCGAGUCCAAGAACCACAUCGCCAAGUGCGGGGCUAAGAAUGUAUUUCACUUUAACGACGGAGCUUGUGAGAUUAGUAAAUUUGAUUGAGGCUUUUGUAAAGAGCUGAGUUAAAGCAAUGCCUGUACAAGAGUUACCCUUUAGCUGCUUCUACCACUUCUAUUAAACCUUACUUACCUCACAGAGGUACCCUUUAGUUGUUUCUGUGUUUUUCUAUUUUCAAGCUAUCUAUUUGUAUCAAACUGAACAGAGAUGCCCAUGUACUUAUCAAUGUGGGAUUUAUCUUCAAUUAAAACUACUUUUAAAUAAAAAAAGAUAUUUUC